AUGGCUGAAAUUGACAAAUUGACGAUAGGAGAAAUAUAUACAUCUGAGAAAAAGGGCAGUGAUGAAAAUGGAGACGGAUCCGCUGAAAACCCUUUUAAGACAAUUUUACAAGCCAUGCGUCACUCCGGCAAAGAACCGUUCCCCACAAUAUAUGUGGAUUCUAAAGAAGAAGGAAAAGAUUUUGAUGUAGUCGCGAAAUCUCAGUUAAAAAAAUUUCAAAAGAUCUGGGUACGUGAGGUUCAUAAAGCUGCAGAGAAAGCUAAAGUUGAAGAUGAAAACUUGGAAAAGAGACAACAGAACAUAGAAGAAGCAAAGAAAAUAAUUAUUGAAGAGGACCCUACACUUCCAAAAGCCAAAGUUGUGAAAAUAAUUAAAGCUGGAGAACAUCGUGGUGAGAGGAUCUGUGUGCGUGGGUGGGUGCAUCGGCUGCGUCGCCAGGGCAAGGUCCUAGCCUUCCUCACGCUGCGUGAUGGAACAGGCUACUUGCAAUGUGUACUCCACGGCAAGCUCUGCCAAACUUAUUCUGCCAUGAUUCUCUCCACCGAGUCCUCUGUUGCAGUGUAUGGGCAGCUCGAAGUUGUACCUGAAGGGAAGACUGCACCUGGUGGUCAUGAACUGACAGCUGACUACUGGGAGGUUAUAGGGUUGGCUCCCCCGGGCGGUGCCGAUGCAUUGCUCAAUGAAGAUGCCCUGCCCGAUGUUCAAUUGGAUAACAGGCAUAUAAUGCUCCGAGGUGAGAACACUACCAAAGUGUUGCGAGCUCGAGCGGCGGUCACGCGCGCCUUCAGGGAGCAUUUUGAGGACCGCCUCUAUACUGAGGUCACCCCUCCAACGCUAGUGCAGACGCAGUGCGAGGGAGGUUCUACGCUGUUCAAGUUUGAUUAUUUCGGGCAGGAGGCGUACCUGACGCAGAGCUCGCAGCUGUACCUGGAGACGUGCCUGGCGGCGCUGGGCGACGUGUACUGCAUCGCGCAGUCCUACAGGGCGGAGCAGUCGCGCACACGGCGACAUCUCGCCGAAUACAGCCACGUAGAAGCUGAAUGCCCCUUCAUCAGCUUCGAAGACUUGCUGGACAGGAUCGAGGAUCUGGUGGUGGAUGUAGUGGACCGAGUGCUGGCCUCUCCAGAUGGACAUCUCAUAUAUGAACUGAACCCCAAGUUUAAGAAACCAGAGAAACCAUUCAAACGUAUGCCAUACACCGAAGCCAUCGAGUACUUACGGGCCAAUAACAUUACGAAGGAUGAUGGCAGUUUCUAUGAGUUUGGUGAGGAUAUACCAGAAGGUCCUGAACGUAAGAUGACCGAUGCCAUCGGUGUGCCGAUACUUCUAUGCAAGUUCCCAGCUGAGAUCAAGUCGUUCUACAUGUACCGUUGUCCUGAGGAUAAGAGGCUGACCGAGUCUGUCGAUCUGUUGAUGCCAGGUGUUGGGGAGAUUGUUGGUGGCUCCAUGAGGAUGUGGGAUCAUGAAGAGCUGAUGGAAGGCUAUAAACGGGAGAACAUCGAUCCUACACCCUACUACUGGUAUACCGACCAGCGUCGUUUCGGAUCUGUGCCACAUGGUGGCUAUGGGUUAGGACUGGAACGUUUUCUUUGCUGGCUGCUGGACCGCUACCACAUUCGUGAAGUCUGUCUCUAUCCACGAUUCCUUGAUCGUUGCACCCCC